AUGCGGCUCAUCAACUCGAAAACCAAAGAGUUGGUGGAGUUCUCUGGCCCGUCAAUCCCAGUCUACGCCAUACUCUCGCACACAUGGACCGAAGGCGAAGAGGUGAGCUUCCGGGAUAUGCAACUAACCCAAGCCCACCCCAAAGAGAGCGGUGACGCUUCUGCGGACUCAAUCCGAUCACGGUCGGGUUUCCGGAAGAUCGAAAGAUGCUGCAACCAGGCAUUGCGAAAUGGACAAGAGUGGGUUUGGGUUGACACAUGCUGCAUCGACAAAAGUAGCAGCGCAGAGCUGUCCGAAGCCAUUAACUCCAUGUUCCAGUGGUACAAGCAGUCAGCAGUAUGUUAUGCUGUGCUUACGGAUGUUUCCGAAGUACCUGGGGGCUCGGAGAACUUCAAUGAGAGCCUCCGGAAGAGCAGGUGGUUUCAAAGGGGUUGGACGCUCCAGGAACUGCUGGCACCGACUGAUUUGCAAAUGUUCAAUGCUUCCUGGCAGCCUAUCGGGAAGCUGGGCAGCGAUAUUGCUUUCUCUGAUACUAUCUCGUCUAUCACCGGCAUACCGCGUGCAUAUCUCCAUGGUCAAGACCUCAGGUAUGCGAGCAUCUCGCAGAGGAUGUCGUGGGCUGCUUGGAGGGAAACGACGCGUAAGGAAGAUAUGGCGUACUGUCUGCUUGGGAUUUUCGACGUCCAUAUGGCGCUCCUCUACGGCGAGGGAGACAAGGCAUUCACUCGAUUGCAAGAGGAAAUCAUCAAGAACUAUGACGACCAUACUAUUCUGGCAUGGGGCAACUUUGUUGACGAAACUGAGCCUGCUCCAUCCUAUAUCGAUAGUGUGGGAAUUCUUGCGCGAUCUCCAAGAGACUUCGCUCACUCAGGCACUCUAUUACCCCGACGAGAAAUCAUCCCAAACGGAGACAGCCCCUUCGAGAUGACGAACAAGGGCCUUCGAAUCGACUUGUAUUUCAACUUAAAGGGUCUUGCCAUGCUCGAGUGCUACGACAGGAAUAAUCCCGCGAAGUCGCUGUACUUGCGCGUCGCCAACUCAAAGGACUUAUCAACACCAUUCGCAAUCUAUUCUCCUCCCUUAGAUGGCAGUCUUCUGUCACGGCAAGGGCGGUCCAUCGUAGCUAUUACCAAUCCGUUUUCUAUCAAGGAGUAUACCCCAUUGCCGAGCUAUCGUCCAGGACGGCGAAACCUCUUGGCAUAUAUGAAGCUUUUCAUCGAAUUCAAGUCCUUCAGACGAGGUGUCUACCUUAAUCGCCACAACACCCCUCAUGUGGUUCCCAGUGUGUCGAUCACAUUCCCACCAGGCUUUGACUGGAACAUUGGGGGCUCCGAUGGUUGGCAAAAUGAUCUUACGAUGGGGCCAAAUAGUAUUACCUUCAUAGGCCCUCGAACGAUGACCAUGACUGGCAGACAGUCCGCCUACAUAUAUGUCAAAAGCAGUCCUGGAUCUUCCGAGAAAGGUCACGGGCAUGCAUUUCUUCUCAUGUUAUCAUUACAUUGGUUAGGAUCCAAAGCACCUCAGGUGACAUGUAAGCUCGCUUUGGCCUCGGACUCCAGGCCGGUGAGUUGGCCUGGGGGUCGUAUUCGUCAACCCACCAGGAGUUGUGGCAAGGACGCGAUUGUAGUCAAUGGUCAAGUCAUUACAACCAGGGUUAUCCGGUCUGUUCCGGAAACGCUCGUUUUCCUCCUUGUGUCGGGAGAGGGGCACGCCCAAGAUUCAUGGCCAUUCCACUUCCUUCGGUUAUCUCCUUACGAUACCGUGUUCAUGUGGAGAUUAGUAGAUACAUUCGGUCCGAUAUUCUUCUUGGUGUGGUCCCUAUUGCGACUCCUCGGGGUGCAAAAUGACGCGUUUCUGUUCAUCGCAUUAGUGAGCAUGUUCAAGGGUAAUGUCUCCAGCCUUAACUCUUUUACCUUGAGGAUUGGGAUUCGAGCAUUCGUUGUUGUUUGUUUAUUUGCUUCAAGCCUGAAACAUGUUAUCAACUGCUCUUAA